AUGGCAAAUUCACGGCUAGCAAGGUUCAUUACAGAGGUGGCACCACCACAAUUUGUGAGUGUCAUGAGACACAGAACCUCAAAGGUGUUGGAUACAAUCAAUGAGGAGGAGAGAGAAUAUGCUAAUACCUCAUAUGAUUCUCUCAUCAGUUCAUCACCAUCCAAGGGCUGUGCUUGUUCCACAUCAUCACCACCUAGCUUUGCUUCUGGUUCUGCAGCUGCUGGUACAGAUUCUAAGUACUUUCUCAAGGAGGUUCAUCGGGCUUUUUCGAUGUUCGGUCACUGA